UCGUCUGUGUCAAAGUCAAAAAGAUGUUUGCUGUUGUCGUGGCGUGGCGGCAAUGGGCUAAAAUCUAAAUUCAAAAAUGUUCCGAAAGUAGACUAAAUUGCGUAAAAGCAUGUGGUAAACAUUUAUUCCGAACGUCCAAGUUCAACAAAUAAGCACGUAUGUAGUGACCGUAUGCUAAAAAUAAAUAACAAUGUCAUAUUUUAAAAAUAUGACUAAAGUUUUUGCUGGAUGUUGUGCGAGCUCUUUUCUCAUGGAAAUUAUGAUGGAGAAGGCACCAGACAGUGCAAAUUUUGUAACGUUUCUCCAAUUUUUCUUCAUAGCCUUACAAGGGCUUGCAACUUUAAAAUCUCGUAUGCUUAAGCCUCAAAUUCCCCUUAAAGAGUAUUUCAUAUUAAUAUCAUUAUUUUUUGUAACAAGUGUGGCCAAUAAUUAUGUUUACGCUUUGCAUGUGCCCUCUACACUUCACAUGAUCAUAAGGUCUGCCUCAUCACCAGCCAGUAUGUUAGUAAGUUGGUAUGCAAAAAAACAAAGGCCAAGAACAAAAGCGCUUAUCGGAUCUGUAAUAAUAAGCAUUGGAGUAUCACUUGCAAUGUAUGGAGGAGCUACUGUUGUUGAGGAGAGAAAGGGAAACUACCUGCAUUGGUGUUUGGGUGUUACCAUAUUGCUGAUUAUGUUGAUAGUUGGAGCUUUAACUGGAUUACAGCAGGAGAUUCUUUUUAGAAAAUUUGGAAAACAUCCUGAAGAAAUGCUGUUCUACACUCAUAUGCUGCCAUUACCACUGUUCUUGGGUAUAUACUCUCAACUACAUUAUAUAGCAACUAACCUAUCUUCUACCCUUUGGCUAAUCCUAUUUAUUAAUAUUAUAUCUCAAUUUUACUGUACACAUUCCGUCCACGAACUGGCAACUAGAGAAAGUUCCACAACCGUAACAUUUAUUUUAACAUUAAGAAAAUUUGUAUCUCUUAUAAUAUCCUCCAUUGUUUUUAAGAAUAAUCUGACCAUUUUACAUGUUAUAGGAACUGUGUUUGUUAUAGCUGGUACAUAUUUGUAUUUUGAUUUCUUCACUGGAAGAAAACAGCAACCCAUUAAUUAUAAAGACAGUAUCAAAUCUAGUAUAUAUAAAAAAGAUAGGUGAAAUAUCAUUGAUAAUUAUAAAAAAGAAUACAUUUAGAUUUCUUCCAAUCUUAUUGUAAUGACUGUUUUAUUGUUAAAUUGAAACAAUUUGCUGGCAAUUAUUAACAAUGCUAAAAAAAGUACUCUCCAGGAUGUGAACUGUUGUUAUUAAAUUCUAUCCAAAUCUCACUUAUAUAAGCCUUUUUGGCUCUAUUAAAAAGACAAUCGGGCCGCUUCUCCCAUCAUUGCGUUAGGGUAGGAAUUAAAUGUAAAAAUAUGUCGAUACACUGUAUCGAUCCUUUUAUAUCUAAGUAGUGUAGAAUAACUGGCAGUUAAUUUUGGAGCGGUCAGGCGAAAAUAUAGGGCAUAAAUGAACAUUAGCUACCCACUCCACAUUGGCGAAGUAAACUAUGUCGUGCCGGCAUGACAAAAAGCCGUUUACCCAAAGAAGAACAUUAUAAUAUGACAUGUUACAAAAAAUCACUGUUCAAGCUCAUCUCUCGAUAAGCUUUUUUAAUAUUUCAUAAAUCAAUGCUUUUUCUUAGACAAAGGGUUUGAAUAUUUUGGUUACCCACUUGUCCACUUUUUUUUUACUAGAUUAUCGUAUAUGAUGUUUCAGAGGAUUUCCUCUCAUGACUUAUUGGUGUAAGGUAUUGAUUAAUUAACCCAGUUAUCCCGGUCCCGGUCUCGCAUAUAAAUAGGUUUUUCCGAUGGCCGCUAUGAAUGAAACAAAAAAAAAAGGUGGACAGUAGGUAAACCAGGGCCCCGUACUAAAACAUUAAAAAAAAACCGUUAAAGAAAAUCCUGUAUGUUAUGUACGGUUGUGACUAUUGUGAGAAUAUUUAUUAUCUGACAAAAUUAUAAUAUUGUUUGUUAUAAAUAAAACUUUUACACAAAUAUA